AAAAAAACAAAACAACAUUGGCAUCUGGAUUUCCAAAUAAUUACUAAAUAAGACUUGAUAAUGGCUCUAAUCUAAGCCAACACCUCAUCCUUAAAAAUAAAAAAUAAGAAUGUCUUCUCCAGAAAUAUCAAAUGUUAAAGGAGAAGAAGCUGUUGUAACUAUUAAAGAAGAACCUACAUUCGAAGAAAAUUCUGAGACAGAUUGUGUGGUGCCACUUAUCAAGGAAGAAGAGCUCAUUUUAGAUGGAAGCUCACCUGAAGGCAUUGAUAAUUUUAUGGACAUUAAACAGGAAGAACAUUGUAUAACAGAUGGGACGUCACUUACAAAUAAUUUUCAAGUGGACAUUGGUGACGAUGAAGGUAACUCUAUAUUUUCAUGUUACCAUUGCGGAGGACUGUUUAGUAACCGAGAGGUUUUAAAACUUCACAUAAAAGUGAUCCACAUCAAGCAUUUAAAAGUCCAUCCUAAAACCAAAUGUAAUAAAACUGAAAUACCCUCGCCUACAUGCUGCAACAACUUUAUUGUUGUACAAAAGCACGAAGUGGAGGAAUUGUAUAAAAAUGUUAUCAACUAUUACAAAACACGUAGAUUGUCCAAAUUAAGGAAGGGAAAAUCGUCAAAGCCAAAGCUUAAGCCCUACGAAUGUUCAAAAUGUGAAUACAAAAGUGCUUCUAGUGGAAAUUUAAAAAUCCAUAUGCGUCAUCAUACGAAAGCUAAACCUUUCCAUUGCUCUAUCUGUAAUUAUAAGACUGCUUAUGCUUGUAGCUUGAAGACCCAUCUGAUUCGACACUCGAAAUUGAGGCCUUAUCAGUGUGAACAAUGUAAUUACCGAAGUGCUUGCCCUAGUAAUCUGAAGCAGCACAUGGUGUGCCAUUCAAAGGCCAAACCAUAUUGUUGCCCCCUCUGUGAUUACAGAACCGCCUACACUUGUUCACUGAAGAUACAUAUGUUACGGCAUUCAGAGAUGAAGCCUUACCAAUGUCCUAAGUGUGAGUACAGAAGCUAUUGUUCUGGUAAUGUAAGGCAGCAUAUGGCAAGGCAUACAAAAAUGAAACCUUUCAAAUGUUCACAAUGCGAUUACAAAAGUGCUUACCGCAGCAAUCUGAAGCAACACACCUUAUGCCAUUCAAAGGAGAAGCCACACCAGUGUACAAAAUGUGAAUAUAAAACUGCGGACAUAGCGAACUACAGGAGGCAUGUCUUACAUCAUUCAAAGGACAGGCCAUAUCCUUGCCUGUUGUGUAAUUACAGUGCGGUUAGAACCAGCACAUUGAGAAUGCACAUGUUGCUUCAUACGAAAGAGAAGCCGUUUGAAUGUCCAGACUGUGAUUUCAAAACUGCAUUUUCUGGUAACCUCAAAUGUCAUAUGCUUCGACACAAGGAAGAGAAACCGUAUAAAUGCUUAAGUUGUAACUACCAGAGCAACCAUAUCAGUAAUCUCAGACGGCACAUUCGGUACAGGCAUACAAAGGAAAAACGUCAUCCCUGUCCGCAUUGUCUUUAUAAAGCAGUAACUGCAAGUGAUUUAAAGAAACAUGUUGUUUUACAUCAAAGAUGACUUUUUAUUUUAUGUCAGAUUACAUUAUUUGUAAAUAUGAAGAUAUAUUUUUGUUGUU